UGAAGUGAGAAAGCCAGAAGUGAACAGAUAUCAAAAGACAUGUCUGCUGUGAGGAAGACAACCAAACGCCAAUCAACUGAUGAAGAACUUCAGGAGCGAGCUGAUGUCAUCACACGGCAACUCAAACAGGGGCUGGAUCUGAACGUGUCCUUUAAGAAAGUUCUGGAUGUCAGUUCUGGUGACACUCACAAAGCUGGAAUGAAGCCAGUUACCUUUGUUAGACAGGUGAUAGCUGGAUGUUUGUAUCCCAGCCUUCUGGAAAGUGACAUUCUUCCACCAGAUGUUCGUCUGAGAGCACAGAUUUUGCUGGAACAGUGUGAUGGAGAGAGCAUCGGUUCGUACACAGAAUCGUGUGGACUGACGUAUGUGAGAAACACUGUGGCAAAGUCCAUUUCUCUGCGGGACGGGGGAGUCCCUUCCAGUCCAGAACAAAUCUUCAUCACUUCUGGAGCCCACAGAGGUCUGAUGGUGAUGAUGAGAAUGCUGUGUCAAUCAGAGGGCAUGAGCGCGGUUCUGAUCCCAGUCCCCGCCCCUCACAGUCUGCCACGCCUCCUGGAAAGGGUGGGAUUAAUUCCGUUGCCCUAUCACCUGAAGGAGCAGGGUGGGUGGGGCCUAGAAAGGGCGGCGCUACGACGAGUCAUCCAGACCUCCAGAGGGCACUGCUGUCCACGAGCGAUUUAUAUCAGCAACCCCGGCAACCUUACAGGGCAUAUCCAGAGCAGAGAAUCCAUCCAGGAAGUGAUCCGCUUCGCUGCAGAGGAAGAACUUUUUUUGCUGGUAGAUGAGGUUUAUCAAGACAUGGUUUUUGCAGAAGACACAGAGUUUGUGUCGUAUAAGAGAGUUCUUGUUGAGAUGGGCUCAUUUUAUUCUGAUAAAGUACAACUGGCCUCAUUCCAUUCACUGUCCAAUGGCAUCAUGGGAGAGUGUGGUUUAAGGGCGGGUUAUAUGGAGCUGGUAAACGUUGAUGAAGCGAUACUAUUAUACACUGAGGUUCUUCUAACGGGAGACAUAAGCGCUCCUGUGACUGGCCAAAUCGCUGUUGAUGUCAUGGCUGAUCCACCCCGCCCAGGAGACCCCUCCUACAGUUUAUACACACAGGAGGUAACGUCUAGGCUGAACACACUGCAGUGUAACAUGUCCAGAGCUGUAAAGUUCAUUAAUGAUCUACCAGGAUUCAGCUGCCUGUCAGUUCAGAGUGGAAUCUUCAUCUGUCCUCACCUUAGUCUUCCUCACUCAGCUGUGACACACUCACAGUCUCAGGGGUUUCAGGCAGGUUUGUGGUACAGUAGGAGGUUGUUGGAGGAACAGGGCAUUUGUGUCGGAUUCAUGGAAUGCAUGAAAGAACUUCACACACACUCAAAGAGCUGCUGCCACUUAAGGUUGUGUGUGCUGAUGCCAUCUGAUGAACUGGAGGAGGUUCUACAGCGCCUUCAAUAUUUUCACCUUCAAUUUCUGAAAGAAUACUGAAAAACUCAAGAUACUUUCAUUUGACAACCAGCAGAGCAUUUCAAUAACAGUUUAAUUGAUUCAGAAGUAUAAAUUGUGAUGAAACUGUAAUGUCACAGACACACACUGAAGAUAUUGUGACCACUAGAGAGCAGAAUUCCUGAGAAGUGAAAUGAAGUAAAUUCUAUAAUUAUCCCUGUUGUAAUAAGAAACAUUUGUGUUAGUUUUUCUUCAUUGCAUCAAUAAACAAAUAUGAGCACUUA